GAUCGCAAAGUUCCAAAGUGGGCGGAGUACAUGGUGAUAUUUCCGGUUCCGGUACCCGCCUCCCGCUCUCUACUUCAGGUCGUCGUUCGGUAGCAGUCAGGAGAAAAGCCCGAGGCGAAGAUGGUGGCUAAACAACGGAUCCGCAUGGCCAACGAGAAGCACAGUAAAAACAUCACCCAGCGGGGCAACGUAGCUCGGAGCACCAGGCCCCUUCAGGAGGAGAGGGCUCCAGUAGCCCCCUGGUUGCUGGCGUUGUUUGUAUUUGUGGUGUGUGGAUCAGCCAUUUUCCAGAUUAUUCAGAGCAUCAGGAUGGGAGCUUGAAGGACAGUCCAGUCAGCGCUAACGGUUCUCUCCUCGGCCACGGUUAUUUUGUUUCUUGGACUCUGACCAACUCCUGACCCUCUCUUGGACUGCACUGUGAAAACUCUUUCGUCUUACAAGUUGCCGAUACCGAAAAGCCUGCACCCUUAAAUCAGUAUUUCACAGCAAUAACCAAUGCGGGUGCACACUGUAGACGGCAUUAUAUAAAGUGUAAAAUAUAUUCUAUAAAUUAUAGAGAAUCAAAGCAACAUGAAUUCCUCUGAGUGCCUCACUGGCAAAUCUGAACAGUGUUCCAGGUAUGCAGCAGUACACAUUCCAGCUGUUCGAGGUCUGCUUCCACGGACCAGCUGCCCAUUUAGAGAACUGCUUGGCCUCCCUCACUAGCAUCGCCUCUGCAUAUCUGCUCAAAGGAGCUUUAGAAAUUGCAGAUAGUGUUGGAACUUUGUCCUUUGGUCUCAGCAGUCCUGGUUUGUCUUUGGACUCUGGCCGUGGACUGCAAACCCUCCCCCAACCUGUGCACUCCUCUGAUCUUUAGUCAAUCAAUCUCUUUUACACUUUUUUAACGUCCUUUUGAUGAGAUAUGCUGGACCAACGUUGAAGCAAUGAGACCUGUCUCUACCUUCCAGGUACGAUCAGGUGGUUUACACUCUGUUCUGUUCUACUGGUAACACUUGCGGUGUCCUUGCGGAUCACAGGGGAACAAGCCACAGGAUAUGACAGCACACUGUCAUAAUGUAAAUAGGAGACCCCUGUAGAUCAGAGGCUAGUGCUGUCACCCUGGCCUGCCAAGCAGGGCAGUCACUGCGCUUCCUCUUUUGUGGAGCAAAUCUGGACCCGUUCCAGAGGAUAAUGUGUGCUAAUUCUUUAUAAAUGCACCAUUUUACUCUCCAGUUAAGCAGCUUUGAGAUGCCCCUAAAUGUAGGUCUGUUUUUUUUUGUUUUUUUUGUCCCUUACCCAGCCCUGUCCUUUCCAUUGCAUUGACCUUGAAUCUGAUGCGAGCUAUCCAACCAGAUUUAAACCCCACCUCCAAGUGACUCUACACAUUCCAGGGGCCUAAUUGGAGUCUUCAAUCUGAUCUCCUGGUUGGAAUGAGCUCAUUCCACUCUGCAGUGACCAGUGGACUUGGUCAGACUGACUGAUCAGGACACUGGGUAUGUUACCCCCAAAAGGCUGACUCAGGACAGCAAUAAACACCCACUGGUCUGGAAGUAAUACUUUGUGUCCUUGUUAAGGAUGCUGUAGAGGGAGCUUUCCUCCACUUAACCUGGUGCUGUCCCUGUCCUGGGAGUGUUUGAUGGGGGGGGCGGGGAACAGCAUAGAGAAAGCUUUACUCUGUAUCUAACUCUGUCUGUCAGUAGUUACUAUGAACUGUUGAACCAGUGAUUUAAUUGGUUAAAAUGCUCUGAAAUGAGUGUAAAUCUUUUCAUUUCUGGCUGUCUGGUGUAGGAUGUUUCAAAACUGAUUGCAGAAUAUAACUCUGCUGUAACCUGGUUCUGUGCCACAAUACAUGCUAACACCUCUAAUAUACCAGUACGCCAUACCACACUCUCUGUUGGGUUCAAUUUCCGCACUUCUUCCCCCCCUCAUAUCUGUUUGAUUCUGACCAGGCAGCUAUCAUUCCAUAUCCCCACCCCAUCCCUAUUGGAGAAUGAGGGGACAUCCAACACAAUUGUUUUGGCCUGGACUAUUGAGCUGCAAGUUCCUGCUGCCACUGAGAGAGACCAGUGAGUGUGACUCACUGCCGUAGCCCAUCAAAACAGAGCUGUUUGCUGCUGCUCAGGGGGACUGUCAAUGUCAUUCCUGGGCAGGGGCCAUGGCAACUUGUCUGUCCCUGACUCAGGAACCAGCUCUGACUCAAACCAAAGCCUUUGCAGUCAUAGUGUCUGGGCUUUUUCAUCUUGUUGUGUUUUUCAUGUACCACCAAAGGACUUCAGGCCUUUCUGGAAAUUCCCCAGAUUGGGGAAUUGUGAACAGUACCAUCUGUGGAUCCACUGAUGCCUGGGUCACUGCUUCAGCUGUGUCUCGGAGCAAAGCCACACCUUGCUGUGUCUGACUUAGCCCCUUGUCGAGCAGCUGACAAGGGUGGUGUUUAGAAAUCUCCGUAUGCUCUCAGCCUUUCUGUGUUACUGUGGGGCUGGGAUAUACUCACACCUUCCUGCUGUUACUGGUCAGGAGACCAUCAAAGCUCCCUUUCCUUUCUCUUUGUGUGGGAGGUUUUAGGAAGGCCUGAGACUGGCUCUGAGCAUGCUGCAAGGCACAAGGGAGAAGGUGGGACCUCCACUCUCCCCUCUCCUCCCCACAUGGUGAAACUUGGGAGGAAAAAUGUCGUCGAAUCCUCUUGGGGCUGUCACUGACGCACAGCAAGCAAUGGAAGUUGUGGUACACUCAACAUUCGGUUAACGUAAAUGCAGGUGUAAAGCUGCCCAUCGCACAGAGACCAUUGUCUCACUGAUACACACUAGGAAUAACUACCCAUCUUUUAAAAAAAAAACUACAAUCCUACCCUGGUUACAGGUUGGUGACUAAUUUGGUUUUCGUUUUAAGUUAGUGAAUUUGAGCUUUUGUACCCUGAGAAAUUGAAUUUUGGCUCAUUGUUUUUCAAACUCCUGUCUUUUAACAGCAAUAAAAGUGUAUCUCUCCUUA